AUGACUCACUCUAUGUUCCUGCGCUUUGUGCUGGUUCUUUCCACGGUGGGACAAGCCUCCCUGAUGCAGUUCCGUCAGCCCGGAGCCGUUGCACCGGGGGACAUUAUCAUCGGGGGAAUGUUCCCAAUCCACGCUGGUGUGAAAUCGGAUGGCCUCGUCAAACCCCAGCCGCCUCUUUGUGUGAGCUUAAACAUAGGGGCGCUGGCUCAGUCUUUAGCCAUGGUCCAAGCAGUGGAGAUGGCAAACAAUUCCACCCUGCUGAAAGAUCUGAAUAUUACUUUGGGAUACCGUAUCCACGACUCCUGCUCUGACGUCUCAACCGCACUGCUGGCCACCCUUGACUUAACCCAGAUUCACAAGGAUUGUGGUUUCAGCACAAGCAGGUCACAGUGCUCUCAACGCGUAGUUGCUGUAGUUGGGGCAUCCUACUCUGAAAUAUCCAUCGCAGUUGCGAGGGAACUUAACCUGGAGCUGAUUCCUCAGAUCAGUUACGCAUCCACGGCAACCAUCCUGAGCGACAAGAACCGUUUCCCCGCGUUCAUGAGAACCGUCCCGAAUGACAAUUACCAGACCAAAGCCAUGGUGAAGAUGAUGGCAGAAAGAGGGUGGAACUGGGUCGGUAUCAUCAUCACGGAUGGAGACUACGGCCGUUCCGCCCUCGAAAGCUUUUCCACAUGGGCUUCCGAGUCGGGAAUCUGCUUGGCUUUCAAAGAGAUCCUUCCUGAUUCUUUGACCGACCUUAGCCUUGCCUCUGCACUCAACCAGACAGUGGACACGAUCCACAACAACCCCAAGGUGAAAGUGAUUGUUUCUUUUGCCAAGCCCAUGCACAUGAAGCAUCUGUUCAAACACCUUCUGGGGAAAAUCACUAGUGACAGGGUCUGGAUCGCGAGUGACAGCUGGUCCACGUCUGAAGAUGUAGUGGAAGGUAUAGACCUGGCGGAUAUCGGAAAGGUGGUAGGGUUUACCUUUAAGAGUGGAAACAUAACUCCCUUCUAUCAGUUCCUCAGAAGUUUGAGAGACAGCGAUGUGCAGAGGAACAACUCUUUCCUGGAUGAGUUGUAUCAUGGUUGUAACCACAGUUCAAAGACAAAAAAACUAUCUUCAGACACAGAAGUAGAAAAGCUGAUAAAAUACACGCACGCAGAUGCCGUCUUCAGCGUGCAGAUGGCUGUGAGUGCCAUCACCUAUGCAGUGGCUGGUAUCUGCCGCCGCAUAAACUGCAAGGCUCGCACUGCGGUGCAACCCUGGGAGUUUCUUACAAAGCUGAGGAACACAACGUUCGAGAAAGAAGGGGGCACAUACAAAUUUGACCAAAACGGAGAUAUCAAUUUGGGCUAUGACAUCUCCCUGUGGAACAUGAGCAUGGGGAAGGUUCAGACUAUAAAUAUAGUAGCUGUGUACUACAUGCAAAAUGGCAGUUUCGCUCUAGUAAGCCAAGAGGCAAAGGAGAGCAUGGCUGUUCUAGAGAAUGUGGUUUCAAGGUGCUCCGACAACUGUGAACCAGGGCAAUUCAAGAAAACUGCUGAAGGACAGCAUACCUGCUGCUACGAGUGCAUCAACUGCACAGAGAACCACUACACCAAUGCUACAGACAUGGACCUGUGUCUUGCCUGUAAUACCGAGACGGAGUGGGCCGACAUGGGAAGUUCCAAGUGCAACACUAAGACUCUGAUGUUCUUCACGUGGAGAGACGGGUUUGCUGUGGUUCUGUUGACCUCUUCUGGGCUGGGCAUCCUCCUGGUUCUGCUGAUAGCUGCGCUCUUUGUGUGGCAUCGCCAGUCUCCCGUGGUAAAGGCGGCGGGUGGGCCACUGUGCUACAUCAUCCUGUUAUCCCUGAUUGGUAGCUUUGUAAGUGCCGUGCUCUUCGUUGGUCGUCCAAGUGACCUGCAGUGCAAGACGAGGCAGGUGCUCUUCGGACUGAGCUUCACGCUUUGCGUGUCCUGCAUCCUUGUCAAAUCCUUGAAGAUCCUCCUGGCUUUCCAGAUGAACCCAGAGCUCCGGGACUUGCUCCGCAAACUCUUUAAGCCGUAUGUUAUCAUCUUCAUUUGUGUGAGCCUACAGGUGGUCACCUGCACACUCUGGCUACUAAUGAACAGUCCCCGGUCCAGACAUUUGCCUCUAUCCAAGGUUAUCCUUGCAGAGUGCGGCGAGGGUUCUUACACUGCGUUUGGGGUGAUGCUCGCGUACAUUGCAGCACUUGCCCUCGUGUGCUUCGGUUUCGCCUUCAAGGGCCGGAAGCUUCCGGAGAAGUACAACGACGCAAAGUUUAUCACUUUCGGCAUGCUCAUUUACCUCAUCUCAUGGGUCAUCUUUGUGCCCGUCUACGUCACCACCACUGGUAAAUACCUACCCGCUGUGGAGAUGGUCGUCAUUCUCAUCUCCAACUAUGGCAUCCUGAGCUGUCACUUCUUCCCCAAAUGCUAUGUGAUUCUUUUCAAAAAGGAGCACAACACCAAAGAUGCUUUCCUCAAGAACGUUUACGAGUACUCAAGAAAGAGCGCAGACUGUAUCAACAAGUCCGGUUGCCCCGAAGUGGAGAACAAUGCAGAAAAUAAUCUUUUCUCCAUUUUUAGACAGACUUUCUUAUUUCCCAAUGAAAAGUCGCAGGAGCCAAAUCUGAAAUAUGGCUCCUUUUCCCAGAGCUACUUUUCAGCUUCAGCACACUCUUCCCUGAAAAGGCGGACAUUCAGCAUUUGA